UUUUUAUUCUUGCCUCUGAUUAUCUCAGGUUCUGAAGCUUUACAGCUCCAGGCUUCUUUUCCUUUGCUGGUUUUGCAAUUCUUUCAGAUGGGGCCCUCAGGAAACCAAAUUUGAGCUAGCAAGCUAUCGUCUGACCUUUGACAAAAUUUCGAAAUGCAAAAUAUUAACUUCGAUCGGAUCCAUUCCUAAGCUGAACAAAUUGUUUGGCUACAGAAUUUAGCCAGGAGGCCUGUGUGCUAAAGGGGAGCCAAAAGAAAUGGAAAGUUCGCUGUGGGCUACACUUUUUUUACUCUUCUUCAUCCUUGUCCAAUUAAAUGCCUAUGGAAGAAGGUCCUAUCCAGAAGCAGCAGGGAGAAGCCCCCAGGACCUGGAAAUGGAGAAAAAGUCCCUCAAGAGAGAGACCAGGUUCCUCCUCUACUCCAGUGAAAAUGGUGACAGCUGCCAGAUUCACCUUCAUCAUGUAGACACACUUGACAAGUGCAGCUUCAAUUCAUCUCUCCCUCUGGUGAUCAUUGUCCACGGAUGGUCGGUGGAUGGCAUGUUGGAGAAAUGGAUUUGGGAAAUGGCAGCUGCACUGAAGUCUCAGAAAUCCAAUCAAGUGAACGUAAUCGUGGCCAACUGGAUCACCUUGGCAUACCAGCACUAUGCUAUUGCUGUCCGAAACACCCGAAGCGUUGGCCAGGAAAUUGCAGAUUUCCUGGAGUGGCUGGAGGAGGCUGUUCAAUUUUCCAGAAGCAAUGUUCAUCUAAUUGGGUACAGCCUUGGAGCUCAUGUCUCAGGAUUUGCUGGCAGCUAUAUUAAUGGUACAAACAAGAUUGGAAGAAUUACAGGGCUAGAUCCGGCUGGUCCCUUAUUUGAGGGGACAUCCCCCACUGAACGCCUGUCACCAGAUGAUGCUGAUUUUGUGGAUGCUAUUCACACAUUCACCCAGGAGCACAUGGGGCUGAGUGUGGGGAUCAAGCAGCCUGUGGCACAUUAUGACUUCUACCCCAACGGAGGCACCUUCCAGCCCGGUUGCCACUUCUUGCUCAUGUACAGAAACAUCGCACAGAAUGGCUUCUAUGGGAUCAAGCAGACCGUAAAAUGUGCCCAUGAAAGGUCGGUUCACCUCUUCAUUGACUCUAUCCUGCAUGCCCACCUGCAAAGCACAGCCUACUGGUGCAGCGACAUGAAUACCUUCAACAAGGGCUUGUGCCUGGACUGUAAGAAAGGCCGCUGUAACACCCUGGGCUACCACAUCAGGAAGCAGCGGCAGCAGAAAAGCAAAAAACUAUUCUUGGUCACGCAAGCACACACCCCUUUCAAAGUUUACCAUUACCAGUUCAAGAUCCAACUCAUCACACAGACUGAGAAACCUGUGGAGCCAACCUUCACCAUGACUCUAAUUGGGACUAAACAAGACACUCACAACCUUCCCAUCACUUUGGUUGAAGAAAUCACAGGCAAUAAAACCUACUCUUUUCUCAUCACACUGGAUUUGGAUAUUGGAGAGCUUACAGUGAUCAACUUCACAUGGAAAAAGACUGCAACGUGGGCGAAUGUGUGGGACACCUUCCACACGAUAAUUCCCUGGGCCACCGAACCACAGCAAACACAGUUAAUAAUAAAGCAGAUCCGAGUCAAAGCAGGAGAAACACAGAAAAAAAUGACAUUUUGUUCUCAAGACACAGAUGAUGUACAGCUUUAUCAAAACCAAGAAAAAACCUUUGUGAGAUGUGGAAAAGGUUCAAAAACACAGGAGCAAAAAUUGAUAUGAGCCUUAAUGAAGAUCCAUCCAUGAAGAAUAAAUUUAUACUUAUUGAUGUAGUAUAACUUCCCCAGUCAAAGUUUGAGAGUCAUGCAUAGAACAUGAAUAAAAUCUAAAUUAAAUUUU